CCAUACCUUAGCUCUGUGGACCUCGGCCCAUGGCUUGUCCCCAGGGUACGUAGGAGUAGUAUUCACGCCUGGAGACUCGCAAAUACUUAUCCUGAGCACUACACGUACCCACUCUACUGCGCCGCAUUUAAUUGUUGCCCAUACAAGACAUUCUGAGAUAGAUAUCUCACGAAGAGCGCUUCGCAUUCAAUAAACAAGACAAUAGAGAACGCAUCCUUCAACCUCAUCAUGUCGACACGACCGCAGACCACCCCUCCGUCCACCUCCCACGUCCUCCUCACGUAUCCCGCCCCCUAUGUCCUACUCGUCACGAUCAACCGAGAGAAGGCCAUGAACUCGAUUCCAUUCGCGGGUCACACAGAGAUGGGCCAGGUCUUCGAUUGGUUUGACCGCGAGCCAAACCUGCGAGUUGCCAUCAUCACAGGCGCGGGCAAGAAGAGCUUCUGUGCCGGACAGGACUUGAUCGAGUUGGGCAAGAUAAGGUCGGGGGCUGUCAAAGUCGAUCCGGCGGCUCAGAGGCAUCCGUACAGUGGGUUCGGAGGUCUGAGUAGGAGAGCAGGCAAGAAGCCGGUGAUCGCGGCCGUCAAUGGCUUUGCCUUGGGUGGAGGAUUCGAGAUUGUGCUCGGCUGUGACAUGGUAGUGGCAGCACCCAACGCAAAGUUUGGUCUUCCAGAAGCAUUAAGAGGCAUUUUCGCUGGUGCUGGAGGUCCUCCGCGCCUGGUGCGCAAUGUUGGUUUGCCCAUUGCAUCCGAGAUGGCCCUUACGGGUGAGCCGAUCACAGCACAGCGUGCCAAAGAGCUCAAUCUCGUCAACCGGAUAUCGCCAUCUCAAGAGACCGUUGUAGAUGAGGCCAUCAAGUUGGCAAAUCAGAUUGCCAACAUCUCACCCGAUGCGGCUAUCGUGACACGUGCAGCGCUGAAGGAGGCAUGGGAAACGGGAAGCGUAGAGCGAGCCACGCAAUUGACCAUCGAGAGGUAUAGCGAACCACUCAAUGCGGGAGAGAAUGCAUUGGAAGGACUGCAAGCGUUUGCGGAGAAGAGGAAGCCGAAUUGGAGACCGUCCAAGUUGUAGAGAUAGAUAGAUAUUCAGCGUGACAGUCGAACACGCUGUUACUUGUUGUGUAGAUACCUAUAUAUGUGACUUCAUGAUGCUUGACGUAUCAUGGUAUUCAUGGAACCCCCUUUUAGCCCUGUUCUCCUUGGUUAGUUACCAAUAAACUUACGAGGUAGUAUUAUUGGGGCUACCCCAUCUUCCUGUUCUCGGUUGAUCGCCCA